GUUUGUUGUUUAUUUUGUUUUACGUUUCGCUGUUCGCUGUUGGCUGUUGGUGGUGCGUUUGGUUGGUGGCGCUGUUUGUCUGAUUGAGCGAUGCCAAGUCAUUAGUUGAUAUUUUGACGGUCGAGUGACAGGGUGCGUUUCGGAACGGCAACAGUUUUUUUCUGCUUCAUGCGAUUUGAAUCGUCAGUGCUGAUUUGCUAAAUUAUUUGAUUCCUUUUGUGUUGAAAUGAUUUGUGCUCAGUUUAUAAAUUGCUUAUAAAGUUAUUGAGAGAAUCUAUUGUGAGUGACAUGAUAAAUGAAGUGAAUAAAGUGUGGCUUUGACUUACACACCAUAUUGAUAGUGGCAAAAUUAUUCGCACAUUAAUUUAAAACUACACUAUAUUGUGUUUUGGUGGCAACAAAUAGAAAAGUUCUACAAACUAAACUGCAGUUAGUAGUUUGAAAUACUUUAAUUACAGCAUCAGGAUACAUACAUUUUCAGCAUCAAAUGCACAUUAAAUGAGUUCGUGGAACAAGUAAAAAAUUUGUUAACUGCAAUAUUAGAGUGAAGCGAGAUUGCGCGCUGGAUUCUGGAGACACUUGCUCCGAGACAAAAAGCCAAGCAGUAACCGAACCCAAACAACAGCGAGCAGUAACAACAAGGCCUGCAAAUUAACUGAUAAACCAACGACUUUUCAGUUGAAGAUUAGACGCUCCAGCGCUACGCCAUAUGCAGCGCGCCACACUUUUUCAUAGCUCAACUGUGGAUUCGUGCGUGUAUAUAAAUCUCAACGACGACGCCAAACUGUAAUAAACGUUAAGAGUUAACGAAGGAAAAAAAAGUGGAAAUAAACACCAAAAUAGUUAAAAAAGAAGAAGAAAAUAGUUCAGUUCUAAUUUUAUUGCGCGAGUGAUUAAAGCGUAGCGAUAAGCGGCCAUUAAAAGUAUAACCACUGGCCCGAAAUAGAAGUAGUCGGAGAGCGGCGCUGUUGUUGUUGUUUGUGUUGGUGUUGAGUGCGUGAGUGAUUAUACAAACACUGGAUACGCUGCUGUCAAUCAGCUGCACCGACGCAUUGACGCAAGCCGCCGUGCAAAGACGUGGACGUGGUGGUGGUGGUGGUGGCGCCGCAACUGCUGGUGCUGGUGUUGUGGGCGGAAGGGGUGGCCGAAACAUUAGUCGCUGGACUGAGGUACCGCUGGGCAUAAAUACGCGUAAUAUGCCACAUACAGGACAAGCUGGUGUUAAUCAGCUGGGCGGCGUUUUCGUUAAUGGUCGACCACUGCCCGACUAUGUGCGCCGUCGCAUUGUCGAGUUGGCCCUGUUUGGCGUACGACCGUGCGACAUAUCACGGCAAUUGCUGGUCUCACAUGGUUGCGUUUCGAAAAUUUUGACGCGAUUCUAUGAAACUGGUUCCAUACGACCGGGAUCGAUUGGCGGCAGCAAAACUAAGCAAGUCGCCACGCCCACCGUGGUGAAGAAAAUCAUCCGCUUGAAGGAGGAGAAUAGCGGCAUGUUUGCUUGGGAAAUUCGCGAGCAAUUGCAGCAGCAACGCAUUUGUGAUCCCUCUUCAGUGCCCUCCAUCAGCUCCAUCAACAGAAUAUUGCGAAAUAGCGGUCUCUGGACCGAUGAGAUGACAUCGAGUCAACAAAAUGCUGCUGCUGCUGCGGCGGCCUCACAACAAAUGUCGUCUGUCGCCUAUUCAACGCAAGGUCAUCUCUAUGCGAAUAGCGCGGCCGCCGCCGCCGCCGCCGCUGCUGCUGGCAGUAGUAAUGCUCCCGGCUGUCCACCCACAGCCGACGGUACCAGAGUUCCCACGGCCACUUUAGUUCAUCGCUCAGCUCUACCGCCUUUGGGUUCUGCCCACCAUGCACAAGCUUCUUCACACCACGCUGCUAUCACCGCGCAUCAGCAUGUCAGCCCACCACAUCCGCUCAGUUUGCCCGCACAUUUUCGUUAUAGCUCUGCGGCAGCUGCUGCUGCCGCCGCUGCAGCGGUAGCCGCCAAUGAGAAUGCUAGAGGAAAUGUUACCGUAACGCAAGAAGCACGCCUAAUAGCAGCUGCCAGCGUUACGGGCACGAUCGGUGAUAUGCCCAUCAAACCAGCGCCUAAGCAUCCGAGCAGCGCGCAUAUGGCCGCAUUAAGCGCCGCUGGUAGCAGCAGUUCGGCACUUGCACAACUCUCAGCUACAGUUUCUUCGGCCGUAUCGAGUCAACUCAGCGCACAGGAUCUCACCUACACAGCAUUACACAAGCACUGGCUAUGGCAUCCCUCGCUACUCUACUACUCCACGCAGCAUGCGCAGGCCGCCACUCAAUUUUUACCCUACGCACAAGCACAGUGUCCAGCCUAUAUUCAUAGCGGUAGUGGCAGCAGCAGCAGCGGUAUUGGCAGCACACUUAGCAUCGAGGGCACCAUCGAUUUGGUGGCACACAGCGCCAGCGAUGCGGUUAGCGACUGUGAUUCGGGUAAAUCGUCGCCGGCGACCUCGCUAAACGCGGCACCAGUAGCAGGCUCCCUAAGCGGCAGAGAAUCAGCGCGAGGCAACGUAACCAAUUGCCGCAAGCGCAAUCCCUACUCCAUCGAGGAAUUGUUGAAGAAGCCAGAGAAGCGUAUGCGCUUGCAAGCUGCUAGUCCACGCAAGGAGGACGAAUCAAGUGGCAGCAGCGUCAGCUCGAGCGCUAGUAGCCGCAGCAGCUGUUGUGAUGACAGCUCCGAUGAGACACGCAGUCAACAGAACGAAACACUGGCCGCUGACGACUGCAAUGAUAAUGUAGAGGUUGUGAACUAACUUGACUAAUAGUGAGUGAUGGAGUGAGAGAGGAGAGGAAUAGGUGUGGCGUUAGAGAGUAUAUUCGAAAUAUUUAUUGAAAUGUUAAUUGUAAUUAAAUCAAAGACAAAUGAUAAUAUGAUUAAAUUAAAUGUGUAAAUGAACUCAAUUGUGUAUCUUAAAGAUAGUAAUGAAAUGAAAGAGCGCUAUAUAGUUAAAAUGGCUGCAUAGUUAAACGCUUAAUUUGUGCUUAGUUUUGUGAAUGGAUUCCCAAAUAAACCU